AUGGAGACCAAAGACUUCAAGGAAAUGACCCAGCAUAAGGAGACCGUAGCCGACGGCUCCUCUGAGAUUCAAGUCGGCCUCGAUGGGCUUGAUUCUAUUGAACAGACUCGAACGGGCAAGUUCUCGUGGCUGGUCUCCAUCACGGCGGCUAUUGGCGGCAUGUUGUUCGGCUACGAUACAGGCAUCAUAUCGGCCGUGUUAGUUUACAUCGACAACGACCUCGGACACACCCUCUCCUCGUCCGAGAAGGAACUCAUCACGUCAAUCACAUCCGGUGGUGCCUUCAUCGGUGCCAUCUUCGCCGGAGCCACAGCGGACCGCUUCGGACGCAAGAUUGCCAUCUACGUCGGCAGCUUCUUAUUCACUGCCGGUGCCGUCAUUCAAGCUGCCGCUAACUCACUGGCUCUGAUGACUGUCGGUCGUCUUGUUGUUGGAUCUGGCGUCGGCUCCGCAGCCAUGAUCAUUCCACUGUACAUUGCCGAGCUCUCCCCAGCCAAGUACCGCGGCCGUAUGAUUGGCCUUGACAACAUGUGCAUCACGGGCGGCCAACUAGUCAGCUAUGGCGUCGGGGCUGGCUUCGCGCAUGUACACGGCGGGUGGCGUUACAUGGUCGGCGGCGGCGCGAUCCCAGUCAUCAUCCUAGCCUGCAUGCUGCCCUUCUGCCCAGAGUCGCUAAGACAGCUAAUCUAUCACGGCAAGGAACAGGAGGCCGAGAAGGUUAUUCGAAAGAUUUUCCCCAAUGGAACCGACGAGCAAGUCCGGAUGAAAGUCCGUCACAUCACCCUCCACGUCGAGGAGGCCAAGAAUAUGAACGCCGGGAAGUCGCAAUGGUGGGUGCUUAAGCAGCUCUACGUUUUUCCGUCGAACCUCCGCGCCCUGAUUGCGGCGUGUGGACUCAUGGCCAUUUCUCAAUUGAGUGGCUUCAACAGUUUGAUGUUUUACUCCGGGACCUUAUUCAAGCUCGUUGGUUUCAACAAUCCCGUGGGAGUCGGAACCUCCAUCAUCGUUCUUGUGAGCAUGGUGUUCUUUGUCGGAUUCUAUUCCUCGGGUAUCGGCAACACUGCUUGGCUGAGCAGCGAGUUCUUCCCAAUGGAGGUGCGCGCCAUGGGCACCAUGAUGCUGACGAUGAGCUGCUGGGGUUCUAAUAUCAUUGUCGCCUCCACCUUCCUGACACAGAUGGAAAACACCACACUCUCUGGCGCGUUUGGAUUUUACGCGGCCAUCUGUGUGCUCGGGUGGUUCGCCAUCUAUUUCUGCUACCCGGAGGUCAAGAACAUGACGCUCGAGGAUAUUCGCGAGGUAUUCAGUCACGGGUUUGGAGUCAAACGUGCGAGGGAGAUCCAAAAGCAGAUGAAGGCUGGUCGAAAGAUGGAAUCGGUUUCGGAGGAGAACGUCAAGGUGUAG